AUGGGAUUCUUUUAUAGUGGAUUUCAUAAGCCCAGCACAAAUGACAUAAAAAAUAAGAGAAUUAAAAUAAUGUAUGUUUUAGGUCUUUUUAUUUUACCAUCAUUUGUAACAUAUAUAGGAAGUAACUAUUAUAUUUUGAAUUUUUUUAUUGAUACUUUUAAGCCUGUUGAAGUGCCAAAAGCAGUGGAUUCUGAAAUUAUUAGGAGUAUAUACCACGGAAAAAAACCAUCAUCAAAAAGUUCAGACUAUGAUGAAAAUACGAAUGUAUGGAAAUGA